GGAGCUUACCCCAACUCGUGUCCUUACCCAGAACAGCACAAAGCAGAGCUACCAUCUUUACAAGACAGCAACCGACGGAAAAGCUGAAACUGAGGUAAUAAUGGGUUUGGAAGCGGUGGGAGAUCUCGCUCUCAACGAAAUCCUAUCAAAAUUGGGACCAAAAGAAACAGCCAAAGUGGCUUGUGUUAAUAAGCGCUUUAAGGCUUCCGCCACUGAGGAUUCUCUCUGGUCCAAAUUUUGUUCUCAAGAUCUUCAUCUCUCUGCUCCUCUUGAUCCUCAUGGCAAUCUUGUUCCUUCCUUCAAGUUUGCUUAUGGAUUAUGGCGGGAAGUUUUCACUAUGUAUCCUUGGCCCCUUGUAAAACGAGUUAAAAGAUGUUGGGACAGACUCAAGAAUUGGUUGACUGCAAAUUUUCCAGAAGCUGGAGCUACACUGCAGCAGGGUGCAUCAGAAACUCAGAUUCGGGAGUUGGAGGUAGUUUUGAAAGUGAAAUUGCCUCUUCCUACAAGGGUUCUCUAUCGCUUUUGUAAUGGUCAAGUUUUCCAAGACAAAGAUGCACCAAAGGGUGCUCUUGGUAAUACAUUGGGCCUAAUAGGUGGCUAUACUUUUUAUCAUCACUUGGUUAAUGUGUACUUGUUACCAUUGGAUGAAGUUAUCUUGGAAACAAAUCAGGUCAUGCGCCAGCUUGAGAUUUCUGGCAGUUUUAGAAGAAAAUUCAUUGUUGUGGCCAGGUCCUCCACAUUCCAAGAAAAGUUGUUUUUCCUUGAUUGUACAAGUGGCCAACUCUAUGUUGGUACCAGGAAUCUUGCAACAGAUCUUGAAAUGCUGCCUUGUGUACCAAGUGGACUGUUAAACUCAGUGCAUGAUUUCAACAGUGACCAGCUGCAGGAUGCAAUGUUGCUUUGGUUAGAAGAGCAUGGACGUUGUUUACAAGAUGGCAUUAUCAAACUUAGGGAAGAAAGAAAAGUAAGAGCUAUCUGUCAAUUUCCAGAGGAGCCUCCUCUCUGUUCCACUGCUAUCACCAAUGGUGUAAAGGUCCGUGCUUCUGCAGUUUUUGUGCCUGAGGCAGCUGAUCUGCCAGAUAGCACUGAGAAAUACUGGUUUGCAUAUUCCAUUCGCAUGUCUCUCCUGCCUGAAGGAUGUAUUGUAAAUGGAAUGCACUUCAGUUCUUGCCAACUGCAAAAGAGGCACUGGAUUAUUCGUGCCAAUGGCAAUGUUGUAUCUGAUGUCAAUGCAGAGGGUGUAAUAGGCAAGUAUCCACUGUUGCUUCCAGGUGAGAGAGAAUUUGUGUAUCAGAGUUGCACGCCUCUUUCGACUUCUUCUGGUUCUGUUGAAGGUCAUUUCACAUUUGUUCCUGACAGGUUGGUGGAUUCAAAAGGAGCUCCAUUUGAAGUUGAAGUAGCUCGGUUCCCUCUCCAACUUCCAGACUACAUCUUCUGAUGGUCAAGACUUAAAUUCCUGUAAUAAUGCUUACCUAAUAAUUUAUAAUCCUCCUGCUGUUGUUAAUAUGCGAUUAAUAUCCAACCUACUGUAAAUUUGCCAGUUGUGAAGAAAUUGCAGCCUUGCUUUGGUUUAUAAA